UGAGCACAGGCCAACCGAGCAUUCGCUUCAUGGUGUGAAGCGCCGUCUGCUUCCCACUGUGACUGCCAGCAUCUCCCCAGCUGCACGCUAUCCCAAGCAGCGUCCACUGCGUUAAACAGUGCCCUUGUCGUAGGUGCUAACGCCAACGACAUUACAGAACACGACCUGCUCGCUGUCACCGUCGUAGAACUCAUUAACUUGUAUUACCCAUCUUGGUGCAAGGCUACGACCUUGCAUUAUGGCCGAUCGCAUGCCCCAGUACCAAAUGAAUUCCUUGCAAAACUUUAUCUCCCAGCAGCAUAUGCAACAGCAGUCUCAACAGCAGCAACAGCAACAGCAACAGCAGCAACAACAAGACCCUCAGAUGGUCCCCGGGCUCCCUAACCCCGAACACAGUCGUAUGUGGACUCAAAUGCAGAACAACUAUCGAGCUCAGCCGAAUGGUGAUGCAAAUUCCGUUCAGAUGAACUCACAAAUGGCAGAUCUCGCUCGAAACCAGGGGCUCGGCCAUCACUCACAAGGUCCCUUGGUCCAACAGAUUCAGCAGCAAUUUGGUCUUGCAUCCGCCCAGCGUGUCCCUCCCUCUGCUUCGUCCUUUCAUGACCCUCAGUCCUCAAACCCUCCCUCCUCUAUCAUACCACCCAACUUCUCCUCUAUGUCUAUGAAUACCCCACAAAUGAAACCCAGCAAUCCGAUUCAGGCUCUGGCUAGCCGUCCGCUGCACCCCAUGGAUCGUCCUCCCAAUCAACAAAACCAGCAUCCGCCACAGUCUGCAAUGCCACAUCAUAUGCAGCAACAGAUGGGCGCACAGCCAGGCUCCAGUCCGCCGAAUCCCUCGGACAUGUUUUCAUCUUCCAACAUGACUAACGUUGAUGCAAUGCAUAGUUCUCCGCAUCUGGCGGCACAACCUCUCGGGGCCCAAAUGGGCCAUCCAAACAUGAGGGCGGCACCAGCCUCGAAGGUACCUACCCUCGCAGAGCUGAUGCAAAGGAGGGAUUAUUUGCAAUCAGCCAUAAAUAGCAUGGAGCAAAAUAUCCAAAAUGUACUCGCGCAAACGAGAGGUUUCCCCGAUGAAACAUGGACCGCGAAGCUGGAAAAGAUGCGCACGGAGCUCCAUAACCGCAAGACUCUCUUCCUCAGAGUUAAUCAGGCUAUCCAGUUGGCUUCAAAUACCCCUGGCAUACUUGGAGCAAAUCUAGUACAUCUAGGUACAAUGGCCUCUACUGCUGGUCGACCAGGUGUUACCCAGGGUGGCGGAGCACCUCAGCAACCCUGGCCACAGUCGUCCAGUCCCGCUUCAAAUUUUGGGAUGAACACUGGAGCUAGUGGUCCUUCGCAGAUUCCGACGCCAGGUCAAGCCCAUCCCAUGAAUUCACAGCUGUCCGGACAGGGUGGUCAAAUGCAACGCCCGGUUGCUGUACCCCCACGCUCUGGCUCUACUCCCCAGCAGCUCCCUACGGGCAUGCCCAAUACGAUGCCACAAAACAUGCCUCCAUUCAAUCCCCCAUCGGCUGCUAAUGGUCAGAUCCCGAAUAGAAUGGUCAACAUAUCGACACUCGGCGUCUCCCCUCUUGACAAGUCACACUUUGAUGCUAUGUACACGUCCUUUUGCAAGAGCCGUCACGUGGAGCCCAACGUGCACGUUCUGUUACCUGAUAAUCGUUCUGUUGACUUGCAUAUCCUGCAUGUUCAGGUCUUUCGCGAAGGCGGCGCUCAAUUUGUCACUCAACGUGAUUGGUGGGCGGUCAUAGGCGGUCGCAUGGGUUUUAUACAAUUUCCAGGCACAGAUACUGAGCCCGCUAAGAGUGGCCCCGGCAUCGCACAGCAGCUUGCUCAUGCAUACAAAGAGCACUUGCAGGAUUUCGAGAGCAUGCUCGUCUUCACCGUUAGAUCUCGCACUGCACAAAAAAACAAUUUGUCACAGAACGGUGCUCAGAACAAUGUUCCUGGAGGUGCCUCAGGGGAAAUGGCCCACUCCGUUAUGCGCCCUCCUCUCAAUCCGCAAGCCAUGGCCAAUGCUGCACGUUUCGUCCAUAUGUCCGUUGGUGAUAUGCGUGCAAAUGGCUUACCAGAGCAGACGGUCGCAUUGAUCGACCGGCACCGUUCGGACAUAAUGCGUUGGCACCAGCACAGUCGGUUGAUGGCAACGAAGGCCAAUCAGCAAGUAACCAAUCAUGAGGCGCCCGGUGAGCAAUCGGGUAUGUCCACCGCACAUCAAGGAGGAGGCUUCUCGACCCAGAUGUCGACUGCUGGUCCCAGCCUGGUACCCGCGCCACAACGAGGACAGCCAUCUAUGAUGCCCAACGGCAUGCAACCAUCACCGAUGACUGAGAUGAAACCUGUUCAGUCGGGAGGAAUUUUACCACUAAGUCAAGAACAGACCGCACAUGCAAUGGCCAUCAUCCAUCAGACGAAACAAAUCUUCUCAUCCCGACUACAAACAAUGCAACUGGUCACACUGCCAGAUGAUCAGCGAAUGGAGUACAACCAGCUAAUGGAUCAGGUUCAGAAAAUGACUCGGGACCUUGACGGAAGACUACCAAUGUACUGGAUUGUUUUGAGAGCGGAUGAGAUGAUUCGCAGGCUCGUUGCAAUCGUGUUAACGGUGGCACAUCAAAGAAAUCGUUUUCCAGUGGGGUCGCCACAAGUCAUAAUCGGUUUUCAGACUCUAAAGAGUAUGUAUACCCAAAUACAAAAGGCAAACGAGGAAUACGAACAAAGGUUGCAAUUAAUGAAAGCCGUCCUCACAUCGCAGCAAAUGGGUGGACAUAGUGGUCCUCAUAUAAAUCGACCUCCCCCACCUCCCCCGUCACAGCCUACGCCUCCUCAAACCCUUCAACCCCCCCCUGCUAUAAGUCGCCAUCCCUCCGCAAACCAGUCUCACCCACCUUCGCAUCCUCAGCCACACCCGCCCAUGGUCAAGAAACCUCCUGUGCGCGUGCCCCCAAGCCCUUCCGUCCCUGCGGCCAUUGCCACAACAAGUGCUGUGCCGUCACCUACUCCGCCACCUGCAACUACGGCUUCCACUGCUCCCACUCCUCUGGCAGCCGCUUCCCCACAAACUCCGAAGUCUCCGAAGUCUAAACCGCCGAAGGCGAAGGUCCAGCGUGUUCCCAAGCAGCCUACUGCAUCUCCCUCUGAACCCCCAGCAGCAUUUAGCCCUGGCGUAAAGCGCCAAGCCGAUGAGGAUGUAUCUAUUCCCGCAGGUCCCUCCACCCAGCCCGAGUCUAUGGGCGCACCAUCUCCCAAGAAAGUGAAGACUGAAGAUUGGGAGGGAGAGCCUAGCGAGGGACUCGCCAAGAGGCACCAGGAGGUUGAAAAUAUCAAUACGGACGAGGACGCAAACGCUUUCAUGGAUAAGAUGAAGGAGCUAGUCGCCAUGACUGCCUCGACAGACGCCGGCGUGUACGACGACAUCGCUCACACUCUCGACCGGAUUUUGCAAGGUGCAGCUCAAGAUCCAACACAUAUCGCCACCUCUGCAUUCGCCUCAAGCAUCGGUGGACCACUUUCGGAACUCUCGCCUCCAGCAGCCCCUAACGAUGCAUUUUUGGAGUUCCACGAGUUUAUUGAUUAUAGUCGUUUCACUACUCUUGAAGACGAGGAAGACUCGAAAGCUCCUACCCCCGACCUCGUACCAUCAUCCACGAAUCCUAGCCCACAGUCCAAUCCGGAUGCUGAUCAGUCACAGGGUGCAUCAUCCCCCGGCAAAACUAAGAUCGAGGAGCCCAGGGAAAGCAACCAUCUCGAUAUUCUUCAUAUGGGAGCAUUCAAGGAGAUUGACGGCGGCGAGUCCGCUUACUACCAGGCAUCAGAUUGGAAAUGGGACAGUGUAAUGCCCGCACUUGACCAACCGUGGGCAAUUUACCAAACUUCAUGAUAGGAAUUAUAGGGCGGAAUCCUGGUUUGUUUUGUUGCUUAUUUAUGAAUCUUCUUUUCUUUUAUAUGCUGGAUAUACUCGCUCGUCCGUGAUGCCCUCCGUUACACUGAUCAGACUUGUCAACUCUACGUCCUGUCAUUCAUACUACUAGUAUCUUGGUUUCAUGUUUCACUCACUCUGUAUUUCUUAAUGUUGUUCUGAUUUGCUAUCGUAUCUUGCUCCGAAAUCAUCGAAACGUAGGAAUUAAUGAGCUGCUGAUCU